GGAUGAGUCUCUUGACUGAUAUGUUUUACUACGCCCGAAAAACUAUGACGUUGGCCGGACUAUGGCGAUUGGAGCAAGAACAUUUUUCAGGUUUACAAAAGAAGAUUUACGCAGUUUAUGCGGUUUUAAUACAAACGUCUGAAUUGUCUAUGCCCGUCUUGUUGGCAGCGAAUUUGCCAAAUAUAUUUAACUUUGAUAUCCUGGCGGGAUUCGAGACGAUGUCUGAUGCUUUGAUGGCAUCGAUUGUUUACAUGAAAAUUAUUUUCUUCCGGUCUGAAAAGGUGUCUAAAUUUUUAAGUGCAGCGGUGGAAUGUCAGCGCCGAAUUUUAACAGAAAGCAACCCAACAUUGAUCAAACGUUACGAGGAACAUGUGAAAUCUUGCAAUAAUAUGUCCAAAUUUUACAUCACCUGUGAAGUGAUGUCGGGGCUCAUCUUGUUUGAAAGAGGUAUUGUUGGAGUCUACAUUUUUAACGAAAAACAAAGCACCACUAACGAGACAUUGGGAAAACCACUACCUUUUCACUUCUGGUAUCCUUGGGAUCAAAAAUUUAACAACGCGUACUUCAGAUGGAUAUUUUUGCACCAGUAUGUUGAUUUGGUUGCAGCGCUGAUCCUCGUUGCGUCAGUGCAAAUUUUCACUACAACAAUGUUAAUUUACGUGAAAGCUAGACUUCAGCUGCUGCAGCAUCAGUUUAGGAAGUUUCAUAAUUAUUUCUGCUAUUUCGAAACUCAUUGUACUGAAACUACGAAGUUAAUUACUCUACGAUUCCUAUGCAAAGAACAUCAAAAUUUAAUUGAGUGUAUCAACGAUGUUAAUGAUAUUUUAUCUUCGGCAAUCUUUGUAGAAUACAGCAUUUCCUCGAUAAUGUUUGGAUCGUGUGUGUUUUUAGUCCUAAUGAAAUACAAUGUAUUAUUCAAUAUAGAAUUCGCUGUGUCUACAAUUUUAUUUCUGCUAAUUGUUGCGUGGCACGCGGAGGAUAUUGUGAUAGAAAGUACUCGGUUGGCGCAGGCCCUUUUCGAGAGCAAAUGGUUCGAGCAGAGUCCGCAGAUGCAAAAAGUCAUUCAUAUAAUGAUCAUGCGAAGCAAAAGGUCUUUAAAAAUUUCAAUCGGGCCGUUUGGCCCGAUGACGAUCAACGCUGCAAUGUCACGUGUACGAUUGGCCUAUUCGUAUUCAACGGUCAUGGCGGGGAUGUAAAUGUUUACCCAUAAAUUCGAUCUUUAAAGAAACUGUUACAUUUUUAUCGGUAAUAUUAAGUUCAGCACUUAGUGGAGUAAAUAGUGAAGACCUACUACCUAUUUUGAGGGGCGCCAAGCAGCUAUAAAUUCGACUAAGAAACUAACCAAAACUAACCAAAAAUGAUGAUUCAGCAAAUAUUUUAAAUGUGGCUUUCGGACGGUAUAUUUGUUCGCCCGUUCGCUGCGUUCAAGUGCUGUUGAUUGGGAAAUUUACUUGUAAUUAAUUUCUAAAAAGAGUGUAAAGAAGGUAUUGUUUACAUUGGCGAUAACGUCUCUUUUUGCUCGGAAAACGUUACGGCUGGGCAGUUUAUGCCGGAACUGCAAGUGCGUUUUCAUAGUAUGUGAGCGUUAAUAGCAGGAUAAUCGUCACUUGUGGUGCAUGUUUAAAGAAUGUAUCCAAGAGAUGUACUAAGAUACAGUGUUCUACUUGUUGCAAAUGGAAUCACUCAAUUUAUGCAAAAUUAAGCGAAUUGGAGUUGCGAGUGACAGCUGAAGGAAAUAAAAUUUGGAUAUGUGGCGUAUGUAGGAGAAAGACUGCAUCAUCGUUGGGAGAAGCGCAGUGUUCCUCAAAUAUAAAUGCAAGCCAUACCACCAGGUGCACAUUGUUGGCACUGAUGAUAAUGAUGAGUCACUUCGUCUAUUAAUACUUGUUCCUAAGACUGAAAUUACAAACCUAAAACAUAAAUUCUUAUCUAGAUUUCUUCAACUCCAUAUGUGAGUCUCAAAAACAGACAAAUAAAGUUAUGGGCGAGUUGAUUGACGAUAUCAAAAUAGAGAAUCACAGGAUGAGGGAGGGUUCAUGUCCAAAUGCUGCAGUCCAAAUUACAUGAUAUAGAAGUUGAGAGAAUGGGAAAGAAGCUACCUGCAAGUGGAGCAUAUGACGAUCAAGAUGACGACACAACCAUUAAGGAGAAAACGUUAAAAAUUAUAUAGCAUGUAAAUAGUCGUAUAACCGAAGUAUUGAAAAUCUAAAAAUUAUCAGACCCAGGACUAGACUCUAUUAGCUUUAAAGAGAAGAACCUGGCUACAGAACUUUUGCGUCUCAGAAAAGAAAAAGGUCCUUUGGACACAACAAUGUGUGGCAUUAACAUCCUAAAACAUAAAAUUUUUAUCAACGGAAGAGUUGUGUAAAACAACUUAUGAGCUGUCAAAGAAUGCUAUGAAAUUGAAGACCAAAGGCUACAAAUACGUGUGAUGCAACAAUGGACUUAUUUUUGUAACGAAAAAUGAUGGGGAUCGCGCUAUUAGCAUACUCGCAAAUAAGUGUUUUUAUUGUCGUAACCUCAGAACUGCUCACUUUUUGGAUAUCAAAGAUUUAAUCUAAGGUCGCAUAUUAAUUCGUCGUUAGCCGAAAUUAAGGGUUAUAAUUUAAUUAGGAAAGACCAGAUAGGUAUUUAUGUUCGUAGUGAUACAAAAGCUUCAAAAUAUUGUGUUCACGCUGGGAUAAUAAAGUACAUACAGGGUGUUCUGUGUUCUGUUCGUAAACUCGUAUGGUACGCUAUUAUCUGAAGUUACAUCUACAUUUGACUGCACAGUUAUCCUAUCAGCCGCUGUUUUGACUGUUAUAUUAUAUCGCAGAGAAUUAAUGAACUCACAAGAGCCACUGCAACCCCAGCGAAAUUUCUGGACCCAAUUUUCAUAAGUAAUAUAUUGCAUGUAAAAGAUCAUGGCGUGUUGAAUACGGAUUUAAUUUCUGGGGAGGGUUGUCUACUUACAGCUCUAUGAAUUUGUUAAAAAUAAUGACAUCCUAUCUGUUUCUCAGUCGGGUUUUCUGUCCGGGCACAGUACUGCAACAGCUUUGUUAAAUGUGACAGAUCGAAUUUUUCAGAGUUUAGAUGACAAACUUGCGACCAUACAAAUUCUACUCGACUUUUCUCGAGGUUUUGAUUGUGUGCCUAUCAUUCACUUUUAUCUGACGGUCCACUGGCCUUCUUCUGCAACUACUUGCAAAAUAGAAGACAAGUUGUUAGGACGACAGCUGGUGUGACGAAAAUUGGUAUCAAUGGUGCUUCAAGGAUCAAUCUUGGGGCCGCUGUUAUUUUUACCGUAAACUGUACCGCACCGCAAUUUUGCCAAUCUCAGUCAUACGCUGACGAUAUCCAGCUUGUUUAUAUUUUUGAUCCGUUCCAUUCUGAUGAGGUCGAAGCAGAUAUUAAUUUUGAUCUGCAGCAGUUUUUGACUUAUAGUGAGAGACAUGCUUUAAGGUUAAAUGCGGCUAAAACUCAGGUGCACCCUUUGCUCGCGACUCUGAAAUGCACUUCCUGAAAAGAUACUUGUAUCUUGAGAUAAAUGGGGAACCUUCGUCGUUUGCUACCAACGCCAAAAAUUUAGCAGUAACGGUGGACGUAUCAUUAAGAUUUAGUGAGCACAUUUCAAAUUUAAGUAAAAGAACUUACCUUUUAUUUAAGACUCUAUAUACAAAUAAGCAUGUAUUGAACUUUACAGUUAGGAAAAAACCAUCUGAGUCAUAUAUUAUGUAUGCAAUGUCAUAUUGCCUCGUAUUGUUUUACCCAUGUUUAACAUUCCUUCGUCAACGCCUUCAAAAAAUACAAAACAACUGUUGUAGGUUUGUGUAUGGCUUAAGGAAGUAUGACCACGUGUCCCCUAAAAUUAAAUUGUUGCAGUGGUUGAGAACAGUUGAGUACCUAUUCGUUGUGUUAAUAUACAAGAUCUUAAAAUCUUCUAGCCCUACCUAUUUAAAAGACAAGCUAGUUUUUCGCUGUGAAACGCACAAUGUAAAUAUUAGGGAGAAUACGCUAAUUGUGCCUCAACACAGAUCUGCUCUUUACAGCGGGGGUUUGCCUAUAAUGCGGCAAAAACUUGUUAUCGACAUAAUCAUCAUCAUCAUCUUUAAAAAUAUUUCAAAAGAACAUUAAGGGCGUGUUAUUAGAUAAAUAAAGUGCUGAUUGGCUUUUUGCUCUUUUAAUUAAUCACAGAAUUAUUUCUGUAAUUACUUUCUUUCUUUUUCUUUUGUUUUGUCUUUUAUUUUUCUUUAGUAAGGUUUCUUUUGUUAAAAAUUGUAUUGUCAAAAAGGUGUAUAAUAUAUAGAUUAGUAUAGAUAGUUAAUGUUUAGUGGCUGAUUUUGUAUUGUAUAUUGUGUAUUAUGUACAUUAUGUUGCUCAAUUCUCAGACUAUUAUUAUUAUAUUAUUAUUAUUUCAGGUAGCUUAGAAGCUUAUUUAUGUACUUCUGGCUGAAUUAGUUCGAAAGUAAAACAAUUCUUGAAGAAAAAUAUUACAAGAAAAUCAAGAGAUUAAGUGAUAAUGACUUGUGUUAGGUUUAAAUAAGUAAAAGUAAAGAGCAAAAACGAUGUCAAACCAAUUUUUAUAUACCAUUUUCUAUUUGGAGUUACACAGGCACAGGAAAUUGGAAAUUUUUGAGCAACCUAAUCCCUAUUUUAGCUUAUCCGACCAAUUCUUUAGUUAAGCACGGCAAAUAAUGUUGUGGAAGUCUUACCAUCUGUUAUGCCAUAAACGAUAAAAGCGGGAUUAAAUUUUCAACGAUUUAAAAUUAAGGAUAGCAUUAUGUUCUAAUACCCUUAUAAAAAAUUCUCCUCCGGAUUCUAAAUGGCCAUAUCGUAAGCGAUGAAACACCUGAGUGCCCUGGGAAGACCUUAAUGUUUAAAGACGCCUAAAAAGGGAUCCAGGGGAGUUAGACCGCAGAAUAAAUGAAGGAUAACAGGUCUCGCAAUAAUUUCGAACGCAGAUAUAAGUGUUUCAAAUUAUUAUUUUUGCUCAGUGAUGAUGUCAGUAUUAUGCUGAUAAAUCCACUUUCGAUGUAAAAUGGAGAAGUUGUCUCUGUUAUUUCGUAUCUGGGAGUUUUAAAUUUUGGGUCGUUUUUCCACGUUUUUGAUCCUUGCGUUGUGUCAGACAUAAAUAGUUUAUUCUAUUGUCAGGAAACGUUUAACAAUGUGACAGAUGUCACUGACCUCUGGAGUUGAGUAUCCUUUGUAAGGGGCCUAGUCAUUCGUGUAUCCCAUUUUUGGACUAUGCCUGUGUUAAUAUUUACUUGAUCAACUCUCCACAUUACUAUUAUUAUUUUUUUGUUUUCAUUGAUUAAUUUAAUUAUUUGUUAAUGGUAUUAUUACACCACAUUUAUAACUCUAAAAUAGACUAAGAAUGUGUUUCAAUAAAAAUGGAUUCGUUAAAUGAU